AUGGAUAAGGACAAGAGUAGCGCUGUCCCCAGUGCAUUGAUACCACCACAGCCGAAAAGUGGUUGGCAGAAAAUUUGCAAAGGAAUAGUCGCAGGAGGGAUCACUGGAGGAUUAGAGAUCUGUAUUACAUUCCCUACAGAGUAUGUCAAGACACAACUGCAACUUGAUGAACGGUCAGGGGCACUGAAGCGUUACAGUGGACCAGUCAACUGUGUAACAGUCACAGUUAAUGAACAUGGUGUGCGAGGUUUAUACCGUGGCCUCAGUGUGCUACUGGCAGGCUCUAUACCAAAGUCUGCUGUAAGGUUUGGUGCUUUUGAACAAUUUAAAAGUCUAAAUGUAGAUGAAAAAGGAAAUUUGGCUCCGUCAAAGAGAGCUUUAUGUGGAAUGGGUGCUGGUGUGUGUGAGGCAAUCCUGGCAGUGACCCCUAUGGAAACACUCAAGGUCAAAUUUAUUAAUGAUCAGACAUCAGCCAACCCUCGCUUCAAAGGAUUCUUCAAUGGCUGUAGUCAAAUCAUCAGGACAUAUGGUUUUCUUUCACUGUGGCAAGGCCUUACUCCCACCAUUCUUAAACAAGGAAGUAACCAGGCUAUACGCUUUUUUGUUAUGGAGACGCUAAAGAACUGGUACCGAGAAGGUGAUCCAAAUGUUAAAGUACCCACUUUAGUGGUCGGGACAUUUGGUGCUGUAGCUGGAGCUGCCUCUGUGUUUGGAAAUACACCUAUUGAUGUGAUCAAAACUAGAUUACAGGGCCUUGAUGCUCAUAAGUACAAGAACACUUGGGAUUGUGCAGUUCAGAUUUACAAACACGAAGGACCUAGAGCAUUUUAUAAAGGAACUAUUCCAAGGUUGAGUAGAGUAUGCCUAGAUGUGGCCAUCACAUUUAUGAUCUACGACUCCUUCAUGGAGUUCUUCAACAAAAUCUGGAAGACAGACUGAUUCAGAUUUCAGCUAGCAAGGACUUGGUAGAGUAGAAUAAGUACUUAAUGGAGGUGCUGCACACAACCUUGUAACC